AUGUCUUUACUUGAAGGCGGUGAUAGACGUCGUUAUAAUCUACCUUCACAUGAUGAAGUUGCAGUUGUAUUUGUUGGCGAAGAUGGUGCUCCCCUAACUUCCAGGGAAAUUGUUAUAUACCCAAGAGGUCAUCCUUUAAAAAUUGUAUCAAGGCAUGAUUGUGCGAAUGUUUUGAUUAAUGAACAGGUUAAUCUCGAUGAAAUAAACACUUUCUUAGAUUGUCGUUAUGUUAGUGCACCUGAGGCACUGUGGCGAAUAUUUGAGUAUCCCAUAAGUCAUAUGUCACACUCUAUUAUCCGUCUUAAGGUUCAUCUUCCUGAGAAUCAGAUUGUGUAUUUUAGAGAAGGAGAAGAAAAAGUGGCGUUAGAUCGUGCUGCUCAACGUGAUACACACCUUACGGCCUGGUUUAAAUUGAAUUCUGAAAAUGAAGGAGCCAAUCGCUACUCAUAUGUUGACAUUCCAUAUCACUUUGUAUUUGAUGAUAAACAUUGUAAAUGGAAGGUUAGACAAAGAGGUGGAAAUAAGAUUAUAGUAAGAAUGUAUAAAGUUAGUCCAACAGAAGAAUUAUUUUUUCUUAAAUUGUUACUUUUACAAGCAAAAGGAGCAAAAUCUUGGGAGGAUUAG